AUGGAGUGUUCAUUGGCCAUUGAUGUUUUGGAUUGGUUUCUUUGUCUGCGAAAGUGGUUUCUUCCACUAAAGUGGUUUCUUCCACAGUGCAAGUACCCGACAGAUACUGAAAUCCUGUUUGGUUUUGACCCAGCAAGGAGAAUUCCUUUGGUCUACUCUGCUCUGCUCGGAAUUGUGCGACAUCUGCGGUUUGAUAGAACUGAUCCUGAUUUAGAUAUUGUUAUUGGAAAGUAUAGGUAGGUAUUCCCUUUGAUAGAACAAUGGUCGCCAUUGGUGGUUGACCUUCUAUUUCUGGAUUUGGGUUAUGGCAUGUUAUUUGGUACAGUUCGUCACUCUGUCAAGACUGUGUUGUUGUCAUUUUGUAUUGUUGUCUGUCUGUGUUCGAUUUUGUGUGGUUUUUCUUGACAGCUUUACAAACUGUCGCCUGUUUGUCUCUUGUCUAUCGUUUUUUCUCCGAUUUACUGUCGUUCGUUUGCUUGUUCUUAACAGGAUAACACACGUUUUUUGCUGGUGUGUUAUUGCUCUUCUCAUGGCUCCUGUUGUCGAGGUGUUGUUUGCUUGCUGUUCGUUUUGUGUGUCACUACGUUGUGGAUUUGUUGUAAUUAUUUCGUCACAUUUUUCGUUUUGUCUUGUAUUUCGUUUGUCUUCAGGACCAGUGGUAUCCUUUACUGGUGUACUGCUGUCUCCUUUUCAAUUUUUGUCCUAUGGUUCAUUCUUCAAAUGGGCUGCAUAGGUUUCUUUCAAUUUUUCUGAUCUUCCCAGUGGUGUUGUUCAUGUAGCUAUCAUCAUCAUUCAGUGUCAUCUUCUCCAUUCACGAUCAUUGGUUUAGGGACCCCUGGGUGUGACAAUGCUUCACAUCUGAUCGUUCAGGCCAUUCAUGGCUGUCUUCUGGCACGGGGGAGAGGAUCGUACUCUCUGUUGGUCUGCCUUCUGGGUAGCAACCCCCUGGGUUGCAGGGUCACAGGGUCUGGGCUCCAUUGCACCGUCUGAGUCGUUUAGCCCCUUGUCGUUCAACUCAAAAUAA